ACUGUUGACAAUUGUCAGAAUAUGAGGUUUAUCCUCGGUGAAAUCCACAGAGGUUCUUGAGCGUGGUCCAGAAGAUCUGCCUCAGCAAAAUAGUAAAUGUGUUCUACCCCUCUAACUGUGUGUGAAUAUUAUAUGGUUUUUGGCAUUUUCUGUGUUUUAGCUGUGUAUUUACUUUUUGUACUUUGCCCCUUUUCAUAUGUAAAAUAUCUGUAGUAAAAUUUCCCAUUUUUAGAGAUGGGAUUUCCAAAUUAGAAAAAGAUCGGUCCUGUGGUAUCAUACAGAGCUGAGUAUGGAAUCUUUUCUGUCAUAAACAAAGGGGAAUCACCCCUCUUUGGGCGUCUCAAUGUCACCUUGUGCUGCAGUUCUCCUCCGCUCUGACAGAGGGCGCUGUGCUGUGGCUGGGUGGGAGAAGAGCAGUGUAGGGGGAGGGGUUUGUUCCCAGAGCUCUUCGGUGCGCUGUCCACUUCAGCACCACAAGCUGAGUGGAGGCAGUGGGCAAGCUAACGGAGAAGAGGGGACCAAAGACACGGCUCACCAUCAAUACCAGCGCCGACCUGAGCCCCCAAAACAAAAACUACAGGGAAACAAAUAUCGAUAUCUGCCAGAAACGCCGACCCCAACGAGGCAAACGACCGCCCGAGAGAUUUAGGUAACCAUGUAUGAUGCAACGAGGGUGCCAUCUCCCAAAGAUGGUGCAAACGGGGUGGUCCAGCCCGCGGUCCCUGGAGCAGAACCAGAAACAGCUGCAGGAUCAGGGGGGCCGCCGUCAACUGCAGAGCUGCAAGCUAAAACUGAGGAGGGACAGCCGGGUAUGGAGGAGGAGGAGGAGCCCAAAGUAGAACCUGUCCUGGUGAAGAAACCACACAGAGAGAUUCUGGACCAUGAGAGAAAGAGGAGGGUAGAGCUCAAAUGUAUGGAGCUUCAAGAGAUGAUGGAAGAGCAGGGGUACACAGAGGAGGAGAUCCGACAAAAAGUGAGCACAUUCAGGCAAAUGCUGAUGGACAAAGAGGGUGUUAUUACCAGAGAGGGCUCUCACACACAGCCAGUGGUGAACCAUGUGCACUAUCAACCUGAUGAGUAUGAAGAAGACCAUGAAGUAGAUGGCUAUGAAGAUGGAGACUAUGGCCACGACUGCCACAGUGCCAGCAGAGUGAAAAGGAAAUCGAGCAGCUCUCCAUCCCCUCGUCCAAAGAAAAGGAAGAAGAAGAAAUCUGGUCGCCGAAGGAGUCGGUUUGACAGCUCCUCGCCCACUCGCAGAGAGAAGAAGAAAAAGAGUGGGAAGAAACACAAACGAGACAGGUCUGCAUCUGGCUCCAGGAAAAAGAGAAGAUACAGAUCGGGCAGCCCAAAGAACAAACACAAAGACAAGAACAAACAAAAAAAGAGGUCCCCCGGAGAGACCCCUGGCCGGAGCUCCCAGCGUCAAGGCAGCUGCUGCAGCUCCCGCAGCGCCUCCCUGUCCUCCACUCGGAGCACCUCCAAAUCUCCUACCAGGCUGAACUCCAAGCACAAGUCGGACGGACAGAAGGCUUCCAGCACGCCGCUGUCUCCGGGUCCCAACAAUCCCACCACAUGGCACAACGGGGACCACACUCAACGGAGCCGCAACGGCAAGGCGGGCAGACUCAACCACACCGAGGGCGAGAAAGGGAAUGAUAAGCUCCGUCUGCUGACUGCUAGCUCUGCAGGCAUCCAGUCAACCUUGCUGAGAGAGCACAAGCUCCACAGUGCCCCCAGCAGGAACCAAACGGGACAGAUCUGUACAGCCGCUGAGGAUGGGAGCGUGGAUGGCAGAAUCCCAGCUGUAGGGAGCUUCCUAACCCAGGUGUCAGGGAAGAGAGGGGCCCAGAGAGGCCAGAGGAAGAGCUCCCACUCCCCUGCUCAUAGCAGCGACUCCGACCACACACAACACAACCACAGUCACAGAGGGAGGAACGCUCGUCACCAGAAAAAGACGAAAGGUGGACACUCUUCCAAGCGUCACCAUCGUUCUAGUCGGGGUCAGGCACAUCACAGGAGUCCGUCUGCGUCUCCGGGCCGCCAGUCGGCCAGGAAGAAUGAGGAGUCGAGGAGCAAAGCGAACAUCCGGCAGCGCAGCAGCUCCUGGAGCAGCGGCCGCUCAUCCUCACGAUCCGCCUCUAAAGAUUUAGGCCCCAGCAAGGUCAAGUCCCCACACAACAGACAGAACAACUCCAGAGAGAAGGACAGCGCUAACCGCUCUGACACCGACAGCCGGGCUCGCCGCCGCUCACGCAGCUACUCGCCCAUCCGAAAGAGAAGAAGAGAUUCACCCAGCUUCAUGGAGGCUCGCCGGAUCACCAGCGCUCGGAAGCGGCCGAUCCCGUACUACCGUCCCAGCCCGUCCUCGUCCAGCUACGACAGCAGCCCGUCGCACUCCAGCCGCAGUCGCAGCUACAGCAGCUACAGCAGUCGCAGCAGAAGCCCGACCCGCAGCCACAGCAGGAGCCGGAGCCAAAGCCGGAGCCGGAGCUGGAGCCGCAGCCAGAGCCGGAGCUGGAGCCGCAGCCGGAGUCGCUCUCGGAGCCACCACACUUAUUAUAGCCGCAGCAGCUACGAAAGCCCGGGCUUCUGACCACUUCGGACAGCAGAGGAGGGAGGAAAACAAAAUCAAACAGAUGGGAAGUGCUGUUAAAGCUCCUGGGUUGCAGCUCGGUCUUCACGUCUCUAGCACAGAGCCCGGAACAAAGAGAAAUGUAUUUUGAUAUAGCACACCACUUUGAAAUUGGUUGUCACCGAUCAAGUCUUCUCAUAGAUAAAGAAAUGGGUUUCCACAUGUCAGAAAUUAAUUGGCUGAACCUAAAGAACAAAUCCCGCUCUAUGAUAGCACUUUUCCUUUUCUUCCACACGGCAACCAAAAAUGAAUUUGUUAACAACUAUAUACUAUAUAUAAAUACAUAGAAAUUUAUAUAUCUUAAAGAGGAGAAACAUCAAAGGAAAACAGCUUAAUGUACAUUUCAGAGAAUCAGACUGUUUUUUUUUUUCUUGUUUUUUAUCCCGUCAUCAUAUGCUCAUACUCCUGGACUUCCAUUUCAUCCAAGCACAGAGAUCAAAAAAAGUGAGAACAAAGGAGAAAUGAACAAACAAAAAAGGAACUUUUUUAUGGUUAUACUUUACUGUAUAGAUUUUUCUGUAUAGACGCAAACUCACUUCAGUUCUGGCUUUGUAAACUAUGCACUGUAUAUUUCAUUUAGCGUGAGGUUUGUUUAGCAUGAUACGUUGGAGGAAGACUCACGGCUUAAAUGAAUAGAAACGAGGGGGCCAGCAGACAUCUGCGCCCCCGCCUUUCUUUUACGAUGCACAGAGGUGUGAACGGGGCGGGUUUUGGUGGGGGAAUGGGGGCCUGUAUGCAUUAUGUACUUUUUACUCUCUUCCCUCACUCUGAAUGAUCAUGUUCAUCCUGUUAGCCCUGUGUAAAUGUGAGCACACCUCCACUGCAGAGAUCAGUGAGUACUCAGCUGUUCGGUAACUCUGCAGGAAAACUCUGCAAACCGUCUCCAUGCACACGUUGAAAUUAUUGUACUUAUUUAUUUAUUUAUUGGAUUAUUUAUUGUUUAUUUAUAAUUUUCCCUGUUUGAAAGAAGGGAUUACUGCAGAUGCAUUUCCAUUGAAGUAAUUCUACAUUCAAGUUUGACACUGAACUCCUGAGGAGGGCUUGCUUUCGUUCAAAGAUUCAUUUCUGCGUGGUUGAGAUGCUCUGAUUGUAGCCAGUGGAAAUGAGUCCUCGCCCACAGCUUUUAUCAAAUACCUGAUCCUUUAUUACAGUUCAUUGGACCUGUUCACAUUUGGUGUUUUCCUGCAUCCUGGAUUAUCAAUGCCAAGUCCACGUGUUGGUAUCUGGUGUUACAGUGCAUCCGCCACACAAUAUGAGAGAAGAAAGGUGGUCUGAAAUAAAUUAUUUGUGCAUGUGCACGUUAUAUACUGUUAGAAAAUGAGAUGCAAAGCGUUCUACACUGUGAGCCAGUAACAGUCUAAACAGAUAACUACUAGUAUUUCAUCUUAAAUACUGAUGAUCGAUUAACUUAUCAAUAUUCUCCAGAUAAAAAUGUUUACAUUAUCAUGACAUCACAUUACAUCAUUUUACAUAAUAUGUAAAACAAAAGAAACUUCUUUUCAUAUAGUCCCACCGAUUGCUGUAAGAUCAUUUCCAGUGCAUAAUCUUUGACAUAUUCUUUGACAGAACUCCAGUUUUCCUUCAUAACUUCUUUAUACUGUGAUUUUAAAAUUAAAGUAUAUCCUGUGUUGUUUGCAUUUGACUGAUAGUUUAGGAGCUUCCUUGACGUGUCUACAGUUGCUAACUGCACUGUUAAAAAGGGCAUGGAUGCGUUCUGUUUUGUAUAUACAGAGCCAGCUAUAAACGGGACUGUUUAGGUAGAGACCUGCUAGAGCCGAAGGUUCGGAGCUGUGCCUGCAGAUGCUUUCUGCAGUGUCUUUAAUCAAAUUAACAUCAGAGAUUAACAGGACGUUUCUGUGAGUUAUUCAUGUGGGAUUUAACCAGUUUUUUCCAGAAUAUUAUUAUGUAUUUUUAAUCUGCAAAAGCCAGAGAGCCUGAAUCAUCAGAUCCGAGAGCACGAUCAGUCCCUGAUUGUGUUCACACCUGUUUUAAUCAGAUCCCCCGGGACGCAUGUUGGCACCAAAAGUGAACAUCCUCAUUGUGUCACGGACCUCUGUGGGUCUGCCUGUAACGAAGAGCAUGGACUCAUCAUGGAGCAGAACCACAGCUGCUUCCUGUGUGGACAGAAGAGUUCAAUAUUCUGCUUUGCUGUACGUUUCCAUCCACCUCAUACUUUUAUCGCUUGUAUUACGGUCCACACUAUGUUUCCAUUCGAGGUCCCCUGGUUACCAGUUUCAAGGGAAAAUGUGUCAUAGAAGAGCAAAGACAGCAGAAGGUUCUGUUUGCAGCUUCAGUAGGACAGCAAACAGACUGGCGAUGCAAUCAGGGAUCACCCGAAGUCUUCCUUUCCAUUUGUCCAGUCUCUUUCCACUCAGUGUUGCAUUCCUAGUGUAACCAGCUUAACCCGACUAUGAUACUCUGUAACCUUGUUUAUUUAAUCCAAGUAUAGCAUUGCCUCUUUUGUUCAAAUGAUUAUUUGUAUUGUACAAGUUAUUAUAAAUGACAAUAAACAAGCAAAUGGGGAAAA